UAUUUUUUCUCCAUGAUGAACAGGUGGAUUGAUAGAAAUUGAGGCAGAGAUUUCUCUGAUUUAUUGACUUUAAUAAUUCAUGUAUGUUGGAAUGCAGUACAUUUGCAGCUGUUUAUAUUCCACUAGUUAACUAAAAUUCAGUGUAAGGAAUAUAUCGAAGCUCACCAGAUACGCUUUGUUAGUGGAUAGAAUCUAGAAUUCGAGGAGGGAAUAAUCAUCAUUGGUUUAAAUAACUUUUUAUCAGACAGAGUACAAUUGAAAGGAAACAAAAAGAGAGGUAUCCAAUGAAUAUUGCCAUAGUGGAAUUGGACUGUUCCAAGAAAAUCUCAUCGGUGUAACAAGACUCAAUAUACUGUUUAUUGUUAUAUUUGAUGUUUAAAAGAAAACAAGAAAAGAAUGAAGAUUUACUUUCUGGACUAUGUCUUCUAAGAGAAAAAAUACCCCUACAAAAUUGUCAAAAGAUAAUGUUGAAGGUGACGGGUUAAACUAUGAUUGUGAAACUGUAGAUAGUGAAACAAGUGUUGACGUGAACCAGUCUUACCCUUCCCAUUUAACUCGACAAGACCUCUACGAUUCGGACAGCGGCUCGGAAAAACCAGCCAACAAGAAACAGCGUCUCUUACAAAGUGUCAGGGAAGAUACCAGUUCCGAUUCGGACAACGAACUCAAAUCAAACUCCAAAUCUUUAAACAAUAACUAUAUUCUAACAAAGUCCUCAUUUGGACUGCAUAAGAAAUCUAUGGAAAGUGUGUUACGUAAACUUCAUCCUAGAUCUCUAGAAAUGGAAGAAUCAAAUGAACUUCCGUCGGGUAAAUCAGACAAUACUGUGAUAGAUCAAGUACAACAUCUACUACAAGAAGGAGCUGGUAUUAAAGACAAGGAACAACGACUUAGUGAAAUGAUCUCCCAACUGCAAAAUAUUAAAGAAAAUCUCCACAAACAAAAGAAAGAAGAGCCCUUACAGAAAAAUUACACAAACAACAAUUCACAAGAAGCAGUUUCCUCAGUGAGUGGAGAAUCACAAAUUUCUCCCAAAUCUUAUCUUCAACGACCAGAUGGCGGAAAACAUUCAGCUUCACCUCAGCUGGCCACCUCACCCUACAGCAAGUCACCACAAUCUCUGCCCUCCCCCACACACAACACCUCUUCACUGUUCAGAGCUCAUACUCCCAGCUGGGACACUAACUCUGUGUUUACUAGCCCAAGAGGAGUCACAGAACAAGAUGCACCACUCAACUUAAGUAAACCACGAUACAUGAUUAAACAAGAGAAUAUUGGUGAUUGUAAUGAUGAUGGGGAGGCAUCAAUUAAAAGGGAACCAGUUGUCACACCUCCUCCUGCUCACAGUAAUCACAAACGUCAUCAUCAACAACAGUCUCAUACACCUACAUCUGAAGUUCCACCAUUACUGAGUAUGGGAUCCCCUUUUGGAAUGCCAGCUCAGUAUAUUGCCAAUCCUUUCCUCAGCUUAGCUGGUUCCAUGCCCAUGGCAGCAAGAAUGGCUGGUUUAUCAAACCACACACCACAGUUUAAUGGAAAACAUGAAGAAACUGUUAAAACAGUACAAGAGAAUUUGGUUCAUGAAAUGUUUGCUCGACAAUUGGCCGCAUCAGUUGGUGGUCCAGUUUUUCCAGGUCUUCAUUUUCCGAUGUAUGCCAACACCGCGUCUCCUACCAUGCCACCUAUGUCUCAAUAUCCAACACCUAAAGAUCGUGUAUCCAUGCCCUUAUCCCCAGAAGAUAGUUCCAAUAGUUAUGUACAACAUUUACAAAGUAAGAUGUAUGGAGCUAAAAUAAUUCGCACUCAACGAGAAAAAAAUGAAGCGAAUAGACCUCAUAUCAAAAGACCAAUGAAUGCAUUUAUGGUGUGGGCUCGUGAAGAAAGACGUAAAAUUCUUAAAGCAUGUCCAGAUAUGCACAACUCAAAUAUCAGUAAAAUCCUAGGUGCCAAAUGGAAGGGUAUGUCUAAUACAGAAAAACAACCAUUUUAUGAAGAACAAUCUCGAUUAAGUAAACUACACAUGGAGAAACACCCUGAUUAUAGAUACAGGCCAAGACCCAAGAGAACAUGUAUAGUUGAUGGCAAAAAGUUACGCAUAUCAGAAUAUAAAUGUAUGAUGAAAUCACGUAGACAAGAUAUACGUAGGGUGUGGUAUGGAGAUGGUUCAUCUAGUUUUGUUGAAGGAAGUGGACAUACUGAAUCAAAUAGUUUCUCUCCUUUUCUCUCUUCAACAUCCUCAGACAAUAAUCGUACAGAUGUGAUGAAAUCCUCCCCCUUUUCUCUCAAUGGAGAUGAUCCAAGUAAAGAAUCGUUAUUACAGAAUGGUAAUUGUGUAAAUGAUUCAGGUGAAGAGGGUUUAAGUAAUGAUAGUAUGGAUGAAGAAGCAUGUGAUGUAUCGAAUAUUAGUUUUGGAAACCCAUCCACCGCGGAGGAAGUUCAAACAUAACCUCAUAGACUUGUAAUAUAUUUUUAGACAUUUUCACUGUGAACGUUUUGCCAAAAGCAUGGAUGGUAUUAAAAACCCAUGCCUUUAGUGUAACUACUUGUAUCAUAUGAUGGUGCUAGAAUUUUGAUGGAUCUGAUUUUUAUACUACCAAGGGAUGAUUAUUCCAAGAACAGAUCACUUAGAUAAAUAUGGACAAAAAGUAAUAAUAAAUAGUGCAGCAAUAAUAAAAUAAAUGUGUAUUUUUUAGGUGCUUUAGAUACUUAUUAUUUAUAGUUUACAUACUGUAUAGAAUAAUUAAUAGAACCUGUUUCUCUCAGUGAUUUACAUAUAUGUCAACAAAAUGUUUCAUUUUCAUUGUAAAUAUAUGAACAUUGUGUGGCGUCCAUCAUUGUUUAUGUUUUUGUAUGUAUUUACGGCAUGUAGAGUCUAUUUAUUGACUACUGUCUUACACUGAGGCGUAUUUAGACUGUUUACAACGAUUUAUUCUUGGGUCCAACAAAAAUAUUUGUGUGUGGGUUCCUGUUGUAUGCGAGAGAAUACAUAGAAAUAUAUAUAGCAGGGACAACCUUUUCCAAUGUAUGUUACAUGUGGACACAUGUAAAUUUGUUACUUAUCUCGUAUUAUAUUAUAUAUAUUUCUGUAUAUCUAUUAGCUCUAUGUGCAUUUAAUUUAGAGCAGAUUAUAAACAUGUUUUGUAUGUAUGAUUGUGAAUCAUUUAGAUUAGCCUAUUUUAAUUAUUGUGGUGUUUAUUGUCCUUAUAUUUGUCCUGGUUAGAAGCAAUGUAUAGUUGUACAUGUUAUUAUUAUUAUUAUUGUUUAUAUAUGCACUGUUUUGUUUCAUUUAUGUAUUUGUUGACAUUGAAGAUAUAAAUUUGUUACUAGAGUUGCAUAAAAAAAUAUAUUUCAUUUUUUGUAUAACAGUCAUUGUAUAUAGUAAUGGAAGUGGGUGGAAUACUGCAGUUAUGUGUUCAAUAAAUGUAUACGAAACAACUAUCAACAUCGGUGCAAUUUCAGGCUAAAAUAAUGUUAGAAACUGAAUUUAAAGAUGCAUUAUGUAAGAUUUAAAUAAAGAGCUGACCGUUUUUUUGGCAUAGUAGUUUAAAAAUAAUGAGAAAUGAAUAUAUUGAAAAUUUCAGUCAAAUUGAACAAAGUUAUGGGUAUUAGAUGUUUUGGCAAGAUAGUCUCAACUGUCAUGUAUGAUUGCUGCUAUAAUAAACAAAGUAUCCAGUUGAACGUUAAAUUAUUAAAUGGUGCCAGUGUUAUAAUCCAUUCAAUAUGACCUAGAGAUUGAUUAUGUGUUUGUCAUGUUAAUAAAUGUAUAAGCUAUAAUUUAUAUAACAUCCGAAGCCAGAAAAAGAGCUGCAAUGUAGGCAGAUUUAGCUCUUAUAUAUUGCAUCUUUAAUAAAUGACUUAUUAACCUUCAUGGACAUAAGUCAAAUUUUUUUAAAACUCUCAAUCUCGGUCACAAUAUGUGAUAGGAUUCAACUAAAAAAAAAAAUAAAUAAAUAAAAAAAAAAAAAAUAGGUCUGUGACCUAAGUUGCUGUCCUUGUCAAUAGAUUAAUAUAAAACGUUGAUGGUGGUUAAUGAGCUAUUUUGUGGGAUAAUAAACAUAUUGUUGAUAUAUUUCUGUUUUACUUUUUAUAAGCAUUUAUUUCAGUUGAUACUGUGUAGUUGUGUGUCAACCAUAUUUUCCAAGUUAAAAUUGUUAGUUACUUUUAUUAUAGUGUGUCAUGAGAGAAUAUUAAACAUGCACUUUUCUUGUCUUCCAAACUUAGUGUGCAGGUUUAUAAAGUUUUUUUCUUUGAUGAUUGUAAUUAAGUUAAUUAAGCAAUAAUAAUUGUUAUUAAUACGACUUUGUUGUCAUUGUUAAACAUGUGCCAUGUGUGAUUCAACUGCAGUAGUGUCACUUCUAGAUGUAGUAUAAAUAUAUAGAGAGAGUGGGGUGGGGUAAUAAGUACAUCGAUUCAUUUCAUUUUGUUAUAUUAAUCUUAAUUUAUUUUGUUCUAAAGGACGGCAAUUCUCUUUCAAAGCUACAAAAAUUUAUGGAAAACAUCAAGGAUUUGUGAUGGUUUUAAUUAAGCUUUGUCAUGUAUUGUGUUUGAAUUGAAUAUACUGGAGAAUUGUACUCAACCACAUUACAAACAGGACAUAUUAUUAUGACAAUCAUGUCAAAUAAUAUUUUGUUUUUAGGUGAGUGACGAAGUCUAUAUAAUAUUAUUAUUAUUUUAUGUAUUUAAUUUUAAAUCAUGGUUUAUUAUACCCACUGUCUCAUUGAUAAUAUAAUAGAACAAAAUAAAAUUUAUUGCAAAUAUAUUGUAUAGAUAAAAAGUUAUAUUAUAAACCUAGAGGUUAUUAUAUAUUAAUAUUAUAUGACUAUCUGUCAAGUCUUUACAGAUAUUAAUAGAUGUAAUAUUUAGCAUGACCACUGACGAAACUCACCUGUGUACAAAUUAUACUGAUCUCACAGCAUUUUUAAUUUAUAGCCUUUAUUUUUUAUUACUAACAAUGUCUUAUAUGUGGUACUUAUUACCCUUGUAUUCAUAACAAAAUUAAUUCAUUAACAAAAUAUCAACCCAGUAUAUCAUCUUUCAAAAAAAUAAAUGUACAAAAAUC